GAAAAGCCUCUGCUCAAGUUGUUUCAGAGAAAUACAUAACACUCAUUAAAGGAUAUGCCCUGGCAUUGACCUGCAAAGUCAACGAAGAAACAAUAAACAUAACGUGGAAAAAAGAUGGAGAAACAAUAACAGAAAGAGCAGUUAUAGAAACACGAUUAGACGAGACAAAGAGUAAACUUGCUCUUACUGAAGUUGUGGAAGAGGACAGUGGUGAAUAUUCUUGUGAAGCACGUAACAAGCUAGGAACUGUGGCUCGCUCUGUUGUGAUAGUAAAUGUCAAAGAGGCUCCCCCCAGCAGCUCACUGGAGUGGUACUACAUUGGGGGACCUUUGGCUGCUGUCGUUUUUCUACUGGCGCUCAUUUCAUACAUUAAAAAACGGCGUGAGACAGCCCCACCUGAGGUGCCACCUAGGCUGCGUGAAGGGGACGAUGAAGUUGAGAUGGAUCAGCUGAACGUAAACACAGAUGGAUGGGAGAUUGCAGUUGACCGCCUGAUCCUUCGCGAGCAUAUUGGCAGAGGGGCAUUCGGUUCAGUGUGGCGAGCGCUACUGGGUCGUUCUCGAGGCAGACCUGGAAAUCGCACGGUUGCUGCGAAAUGCUUCCUACCAAUCUCCGGAGAGAAAGGAAGGAAGAUAUAUAUUUGA